AUGAAUGGUACCUGCAUCGUAAGGGUCACCGAAAACCCUUAAACCCUAAGUCCGGGAAAGCCCUAAAACCCUAAGUCCAGGAAAAGAGAGAAAUGAAUCACAUAGCUGCUGCCGAAGAGCAACUUGUUUCGGAGAGAUUGAGGCGAAAAUUGAAUGAAAUUAACUUAGCCGCUCAAGCCCAACUCUCUGGUGUUCAAGAUCAUGUCAAUUUCACUCUACAGCAAGCAUACUUCAAAUGCGCAUACGAGUGCUUCGAUAGGAAAAGAAAGCAAGAAGAAAUAAGCAACUGUGUUGAACAUUGCAGUGUUCCAGUUGUUAAUGCUCAAGCUCUGGUUGAGAAUGAGAUGGCUAAAUUUCAAGAAAGGUUGAACAGAUCAUUGAUGGUCUGCCAGGACAAGUUUGAGUCAGCCAAGCUCCAACAGAUCAGAACUGAUGCCAUGAAGGAUAUGGAGUCAUGUGUUGAUCAGUCAAUUCAAGAAAGCAUCAAGACACUGCCACAUGUUGUUGCAAGAUUGAAGACUUCCCUCUCCAUCAAUGAAUAAGCUAAAAGGGUUACUUUCAUAUUCUUUAUUGAUGGAAAACAGUGAAAGACCUUGAAUUCCUUAUCUGCAGUCUCUUAAGGCCUGAAGAAAAGAAAUUUUGGCUACCAAAUGCAAUUUGUUUUGUAACAAUAAGAAUUUGCCUAUGUUACACUGGUGGUCAGAGGGAUUUGCAGAGAUUCUGAAUUAAAAAUUUUAAAAUAUAACAGCUAUUACUUUAAA